GCUGCAACCUGUGCGCAUAGCAGCCAAUGGACCGAUAUUCAGUCGAAGGCGGUGUUUUGGCUCUACGGUGACGUUUUAAGGCAGGUCCUGGUCAAACCUACCAAUGAUACAAGUCGGUCCUAUUCUGCUGGGACUGAUCGCAAUGAACGGGUGUCGGAGCUCUGCACGGCAAAGGAGCAACCACAGCGAGACGAGGCGAUCAAGGGGAUGCGGCAUCGGUACGCGGGAGCUGUCCAUCAGCACCAAACCCCCGACGAGAAGCAAGCAAGCAGCAAGCAGAGCCGAGACCCAGUCGCUCCUGUUUUCAGCCUGCCGCCCCCGCCCUCUUCUCACCACCGAGACCGCACUUCGACCACCGCCGCUCACCGCCAGAGCCUCCAGGAGCUCCCGUGUCUGAGCCAGCCCUCUCGGAGACCUGUUCACAGCGGCGACCCUCUACCUCUGGCGAGCUACGACACCGCCCAGCGACCUUCACACCGGGCCGGUGAACUCAGCGCCGGGCAGCCGGCGCACCUGCAGCAGGAUCCCUGGGCCCCAGUCGGCUCUCAGCAGCAGCAGCCGCCGCCGCCGCCGCCGCCGCCGCAGUCGGAGAAGCAGCCUGUUUUUCCGAGCUGCCACUGCAGUUUUUCCGAGCAGGAGGCGAGCCUUUCUCAAAAUCAGCACCAUCCCGCCGUUCCUCUCCCACCGCAGCCCUCCCCACCUUUUCCGCCGCCUAUACCACCGCCACCAACGUCGUCCUCCUCCUCUCUGCUGUUUUCCCGGGAAUCUAAAAGGGGGGAUCGUCUCCGAAGGAGUGCCAAUAAUUACCAACAGACGAGCAUCGUGGAACGCUGCAGGGGAGGAGGAGGAGCAGGAGGGCACCGAGACCACAGGCAGCUGUUGCAGCAGCAGCAGCAGCAGCAGCAGCAGCACAGUCAUUUAAGACUCCAACAGAGGGACCCCUCCCCUGAAGGAAUCCGUGCAAACUCGCAGAAAGGGCGCUCUUUAAAUGUAUGUGAGUCAACCGAGGCUAACAGGAGAGCAUUCGAGUCUCAGAGUCAGGACCUGCAGCAGCAGCAGCAACAGAUCCCGCAAUUACGAGCGCAGCAACAGCUACUGGUGGGGAGCAGCUUGCCUAUCAACUACUGCGCCAGCGGCUCAGGAGAGCUAUGUAGGACUCACCAGGCUCCACUGCUGCAACAGCAACAGCAACAGCAACAGCAAGAGCAGCAGCAGCAGCGGCAGCAGCAGCAGCAGCAGCAGCAGCAGCAGCAAGGCGCACUGGGGCUCUGUCCCCAGCGUCCGCAGCACUGUGAACAAGACCGCAAUAAGUCUGGGAGGAUCUCCGCGCAAGGCGAGCCACACAGCCGCGACUCCCGCGUAACCCCCCCGGUAACACAACAGGCAUACGCGGCGAACUCGUCUGCGACUGUGAGCAACAGCAGCAAAGACAGCCCCAACUACGGCUCGAGCUAUCACCUGUGGCCAGAGAGCCCGCAUAAAGGAGAGGAGAGGAUCUGCAUCGACCUCCAUAAGGCCACUACUGAGCAGAAGAAGCUGAGCCAUGCUGGAUCCAAGCCCUCCCUCUCCGAGAGCAGUGGCCGACUCCCUCAGAUAGCCAUGAACACCUGCAAGUACAAUGGCGGAGUGGUGAGACCACUAGUGGGCAGCCUGGCGUCCUCGUCGCGCCGCAACCUCGCGGAGCUCGACUCGGAGACGCAGCCCUUGCAGACGCUGCACAGCUCGGGCCUGGAGGUGGUGGUGUCGAAGGGCAACGGCGGCGAAGACCCCAGCAAGGCGUCCAACGAGAGCUUGGUCAGGGAGGGCAGCGGGCAUGGUGGAGGCAGGGCGCCGCAGAAGAAGAACAGGGACAUUGGCUACAAGCUCGGCCACCGGAGGGCGCUGUUCGAGAAGCGGAAGCGGCUCAGCGACUACGCACUCAUCUUCGGGAUGUUUGGGAUUGUUGUCAUGGUGACAGAGACGGAGCUGUCAUGGGGGGUUUACACUAAGGAAUCUUCAUACUCAUUUGCACUGAAAUGCCUUAUCAGCCUUUCCACUGUUAUAUUGCUUGGUCUUAUAAUAAUGUACCAUGCCCGGGAAAUCCAGCUGUUUAUGGUCGACAAUGGUGCGGACGAUUGGAGGAUAGCCAUGACGUAUGAGCGAAUCUUCUUCAUCGUGCUGGAGCUGCUGGUGUGUGCCAUCCAUCCCAUCCCGGGCCAGUAUGUAUUCACCUGGACGGCGCGGCUGGCCUUUACCUACACGCCGUCGGUGGCCGAUGCCGACGUGGACAUCAUCCUCUCCAUCCCCAUGUUCCUGAGACUCUACCUGAUAGGCAGGGUCAUGUUGCUCCACAGCAAGCUGUUCACGGACGCUUCGUCUCGCAGCAUCGGCGCCCUCAACAAGAUCAACUUCAACACACGCUUUGUCAUGAAGACCCUCAUGACCAUCUGUCCGGGAACUGUUCUGCUGGUGUUCAGUAUAUCCUCCUGGAUCAUUGCUGCAUGGACUGUGCGCGUCUGUGAGAGGGAUACCAUGUAUCAUGACAAACAGGAAGUGACCAGUAACUUCCUGGGAGCCAUGUGGCUCAUCUCGAUUACCUUCCUCUCCAUUGGCUACGGGGACAUGGUACCACACACGUACUGUGGGAAAGGCGUGUGUCUGCUUACAGGGAUUAUGGGAGCUGGUUGCACUGCGCUAGUGGUUGCAGUGGUAGCCAGGAAGCUGGAGCUGACCAAGGCUGAGAAGCAUGUCCACAACUUCAUGAUGGACACACAACUCUGCAAACGAGUAAAGAACACAGCUGCCAAUGUACUCAGGGAAACAUGGCUCAUCUACAAACACACUAAGUUGGUCAAGAAGAUAGAUCAUGCCAAGGUGCGGAAACACCAGCGCAAGUUUCUUCAAGCCAUUCACCAAGCUCAGAAACUGCGCAGUGUGAAGAUGGAGCAGAGGAAGCUCAAUGAUCAGGCCAACACCUUGGUGGACCUGGCGAAGACCCAGAAUGUGAUGUACGACCUGGUGUCAGAGCUGCAGGAGCGAAGUGAGGAGCUGGACAAGCGCAUCGGCACAUUGGAGGACAAGCUGGACUCGGUGACGGGCAGCCUGCAGGCGCUGCCCUGCCUCAUCUCCCAAGCCAUAACCCAGCAGCAGCAGGACUUCCUGGACGGCUUUGUUCACCGCUUUCGGCCCGCCUCACUAGCCUCAGAGCGCUCCGAACGCUCCGAGCGAUCCUGGACUUCCACCGCCCGGAGGCGGCGCUCUCCCUCCACAGCACCACACACUUCCUCUGAUAGCGGAUAACCUUGACAAACCUCCUGCAGUCACCUUGGAGCCCCACCUUCCCCUAACCGACCCAUCCGAAGCUGUCCCUGUCACCGCUGGCGAGUCCAUCCCUGGACUAAUAAUGAACCCAUAUCUUGACCCCUGACCUGAUCCUUGCCCUUAUUCUCUCCCUUCCUUCCCCCCCCCACACCCAACAUCAAAUCCAAAAACCAAUUCCUCUGUGACUGAGCCUCUCAGCACAGGACUGGAUCAGAGCUACUCCAAAAGAACAAAGAAAAGCAAACAGACUUAAAUCAAGAAAAAAAAAAACAUAAAUGCAUCCAAAAAAAGAAAAAGAGAAAAAAAAAUUAAAAAUGACUGAAAAACCGAGAUAAAGUAGAGAUAUGGUUUAUGUUUUAGCCAUUGUAUGGCUGUUCAAGUUAGCUUUUUUGUAAAAGCCCUUGUAUAGUUAAAAAAAAAUGACUGAGUUCAGGGUCGCUGGGGUGAGAGCUGGCUAUCACACCAGAGAGUCCUUAACCACGAGGGGGGAAGUUGGUCUGUGGAGCUGAGGGCCUCGGCUCACCUGCUGGCCCUCCGAGGCCAUGGAGGACAUCCGUCCACCCAUCUGUCCGUCUAUCUGUUUGUACGGUGAGGAGAGCGAGACAAACCAUUGGAUUUCCCUUUCAAAAGACUAGUGUCCUGGAUUCUUUCCCAUAGGUCCCAUAGGUGAAAGCUUUAGAAGAGGCCACGAAAGCUCUGACUGCAGGUCAGUGUUUGAAUAUGCGCUCGAGGUGGGAGGGGAAACUGUCACACAGAAGAGGAGCAAAGGGGAUGCAUAUGGCAUUACUACUGGGUAGGAAAAAUGUACACAGUUGCCAACUUCAAGGUUUCAGCUUCCUUGUUCUUACCAAGGGAAAAUGAGAGCGACUAUCUUUUUUAGUUACAUAUUGACAUGUGAUUUUUCAGUGCCUGAAUGUAUAAAUAGUAGAGGGUUAUUUAAUUACUAAUUUCAGAGCUUUUUUACGAUGUUAACAGUCUGAAUACAGCAUUGCAUUCCUUUUUCAGAUACAUUCCUCUCCAAAAAUUUAAAGAAAAUGUCUUAAUGUAAUGCAUAACAUUGCCUCCAUUACACAGCAACUCUAAAUGUUUUGAACAAAACCUAUUUUCUUUCUUUGUAUUUCUACUAACACCGUGAGAAAUGAAAAAGUUCAAAGAGUAAGCGAAAGUGGAGACAGAGAAUAUUUUUUGAGAGUGUUUGUCGGAGAGUGAGUUCACUUUUAGCUCAAUGGUGCACACUCAUACACACAACAAUGAAAUAUAUAGUAGUCUACCUUUCUCACCACCACUAAUUAGAGCUUCCUGUGGUCUUCAGAUAAUGGCAUGGCUUGAGGUCUGCUGGUAUACACGGCCACACAGGCACACGGUCACCGGUCGAACUGAGAAACCAACCCUGCCCCUUUUGCAUGGUUCUGUGCAAACAUGACAAUGGAACACAAUCUUCCUCAGAUGGCCUGAUGAUUUUACAUGAUUUUCAUUUUAUUAUGUUUACUUUUGUUUGUUGGUUGCCUUUCUUUCUUUCUUUCUUUUGUUACUUUUUACUAUUUUUUGUUUUUUUACCAGGAUACCUAGGGUUUUUUAGAGUUGCAAACCCAGAGAGUUGCAGUAAUGUGAUUCUGUAAUGCAUUCCCUGUUUCAAACUUGCGGUGAAGAAAAAUCGCUAUUACAAAAGUAUCCUGAAAGAAUACAAAUAAAAGUGCUGAAGAAACUUUGAUGAACUGGUCCCUCUGCAAGUUUAACGGAUUAGACAUUUUGGGGAAAAUGCUUUCUUACUACUUACUUGCUGAGUGUUUGAGUAUAAGAUCAACUCCACCCUCGUGUUUGUGCAGCACAUGUAGAGCUACUGCUCGUAGCCGGUUAGCGUAGCUUAGCAUAAAGACUGGAGACAGGGGUACAGAUCAUGACACUCAGUCCAAAUUUAUCACAUACCUAUAAAAUCACAAUGUGUUGUACAGAUUGUAUGAAUGUGAUAUCACAUGUUAAUUAGUGAAUUUUAAAGGUGCAUUACGUAAGAACUUUCGUCAAAAAUGUUAAAUUAAAUGUCAGCGGUAUUCCAUCUCCCCCCUUCCAUUGCAUCCACAUCACAGCGCCACUGUUGUAUCAUCUGGCCCUUCAAGUGGCUGUGAGUUUGUUGUAGAUGACGUUGUGAGCGCUAAUGUUGCUAACGCUAAUUUUGCUUAACGUCAUUAAUGUUACCCAACAUUAACAUCACUAACAUAAGCUAGCUAACAUUUGGACAGUAUGUUGGGCUCAUCCUUUAGAAAUCAGCCAUGUUUACGUUUUUUUCCCACUAACUGGCAACUACCAAAACUCUUGACUCUGACAAAAUACGGAUACCAACAGUGUUAUACUAUUGGCUGGCAAACCCUGUUAAAAGCUGGACCCAACUGCCAGAAUUGUUAUACAGCGAUAAUAGAUUAAUAUAAUUAAUUCACAAUCAUAGAGGAGAAUUUCAAGGAGAAUAGAUACUUUCUUUCUGCACCUUUCUACAAGCUCUGUAGAUGUAUUCUUUUUAAAUGAUUUGUCUACAUAAAGAUGUAAUCUAUAUGACCUUCAUAAUUGAAAAAAUUUGUCAUUUUGAUGUCGUGACAUCAAAACAAUCUUUUGUCCAGACUAACUAGGCUAACUGAGCUAACAGCAGCUACAGUUACAACAGUAAGGGGUUACUCUGGCAACAUGCCGCCCUUAGUUUGUUAGGAAUAUGAAUUAGUCAGCUGGCCAUUCAUUAGCUUUAAAGGUGCUUCUCCAUCAGGAUAACUCAUUUCCUCUUUUUUAAUUGCUGCCCGGUUUCCUUCCCAGCGCAUCACAUUGUCACUGUUUCGUCACGUCCUUUGGCAUCUCAGACAGACGAGAAGGCACCCUUUACCACCUGUAUGAGACACUAAUUCCAACAUAAACCCAUCCUUGGCAAUAUGAGACGAUCACAGCGACUGCUUCUGUUGACAUGUAAACAAAGUGAGAAAGUCCCAGAAGGGUGGAGGUCGGGGUUGAGUGCAGACUGUUAACCCAGGAGGACAGGGUUUGCGUAUGCAACCAAGCAUCAGUGCUCUUUUGCUAAACCUAACCAAGUAGUAUUUGUGCCUGAACCUAACCAAAGUGGCUUAUCAUGUAAACCAGUCGAUAUUAAGGCUCUCUGGCUGGGGUGCUUUGCGCGUCACACACAAGCUCUAAAGGGUACUUCAGGGGAGUAACAAAGCCACGACUGGAGUUGACAACCUGGGAUGAGAACGAGUUGUCUGUCUUUAUGCUAAGCUUCAUAUUCAAAGAUGCAAGAGUUGUGUUGAUCUUUUAACUCUCAGCAAGUAAGCAAAUGAGGGUAUCUCCCAAAAUGUCAAAAUAUUCCAUUAACAUGUACUGUAUCAGGCCACAGUGGUUGAGGAGACACUUUUGGAAAAUGUUAAAGGCAUGGUGUAUGACGCAUCCUAGAGUUGGGAUGACUUGUAGACUUUUGAUUUAAAGAGACAUAUCUAGGAAUCUUUGAAAUUAUUGUUUUUUUCCAAAGUGCAUUUAAAAAGACAGAUCAGAAAGUUGGCAGGUUAGUGGGCUGGCAUGCUGUACUAAAGUAGUUUGAAUGGUAGAUAGUCCCAAAAGGAUGUUUGAGCUAAAAAAAAACAAAAAACAAAAAACGCCCCCAUAAGCUAACAGACAAACAGCAUCAUUAUUAUCUGGAUCUUAAUUAUUAUAUUAAUUGAGUUGCUUCAGGCUGAAUCAGUUGAACCCUGUGAGACUGUGAGCGAGUCCGCUCCCCCACAGACUCUGGACUGGUCAGAGAGAACCUCAUUUAAGAACAUUACUCAGUUUGCAACUAAAUCAAGCAUGAAUAUUAGCAUUUCUUCUUUUCAACUUGAGUUGAUGAAGCAUGACUCUUUACUGCCCCCACCUUUAGCCGCGUCUCGUACAGUGCUACGUUCCACUCUUCCGCUAUGAGGGGAUCUAUCAUGCCAUUACGGACUCCGUUUCAAUCAGUGUCAUCCAACGAGUCAGGACAGCUAAUGGAAGAUUAUCUGCUUGAUUGGGACCUUACCUGCCUGUUCCUAUCUAAGGUUUCCCCCUCUUCAUUACAUCUGAGGUUUAGCUUCACGUUUGUCAUCUGUCAUCAUUAAGAGCAUCAGUCCCACCCUGACACACAAAGAGGCGUCCCACUGACCUUUGAGUGGUUAGGUUGAAAAAGAAAACAACACAAAGGAAAGGAGGAAGCAGGGGAACCUGGAGGUCAUAUUCCAUGUUGCACUCAGUGUGCAAUAUUCAGUUACACCGGGAAGGAUCGCAGAUGUUUGAGUGUCUUCCCUAGAGAGAUGCAAUGGCGCUGGUGUUAACGUACGUCGUCAGCGGCGGAGAGUAGAUUGAAAAGAAAAGAGAGAGAAAUAGGAGAGCGGUAGCUCAUUUACUGACAGAUGUCCGUUUUGGCCCAGGGGGUUUGUGAACAGCAAGAGUGGGUGUCCUGUAAAUAUGACCUCAUUGUAGAUGUCGCCAAGUAAACGGGACAAAUGGUGAACCGCAGGGGUAAAGGUAGCUGGGUGCACCGCACAGCAUGUUGAGAGUAUGCAGUAGAAAAACAAUAUCGAGACAGGUUGUGAAGGGUUUGAAAUUAAAGACGGCUUUUUAAUUAAUUUCACUUCAUUUUAUGCCGAUGGAUGUUUGAUCAGGUUCUGUUGUUUGUUUCUUUACCCUGUUGUUUUCUCUUUCUUUGUCACCAACAAAAUCCUGCCAAACAAAAAAACACCAUUCCAAUAUUUAAUAGUGAACCGAAUUUUCUCCACCAGAAAAUAAUAAUAAUAAAAAAAAAUUCACAGUAUUUUGUAGUGAGGUGAGGGACAUUCUUGAUGUUAUUCCGAUGACGGUAGAUGAGUCAAAGUGAUUAACGCAUCCUGGAGUCUUUUAUUAUCCUGAAAAAGUAGGCUUUCCUCGUAGAGCAGGAUUCAGAAACACACUUCAACCGAACAACAACAGAGUGAAAACCCCCCCAAAAAGUGAAGAAAUGUAACCCAAUCAUUGUUCUGUGUACACUGCCACAUGAUGCAUAAUGUACGUAGUAGCACUGGAAUAAAUCAACUUUUAAUGGAUGGCAAAUGGGUUUAACAUGUUCUCUGUAUGCUGUUCGCUGUUCCUUCAUUUUGCAGGUGAACUUUUGUCCUAGCAAGGAGAGACACCAAGGUCAAAUCAUUAAAGGCUAUCUUCAGCUAUGA